UGCAGACGGAGAGGGUGGUGGAGAGCUGUCCCCCCCAGUGGGUGCCGGAGUCAACAGCAACAGCUGGCACUUCAGAUACGGUGCUGGACAAAGCUAUGGCCCUCCUCAGCCUCUCAAACCGGGAGAGAUCCCCCCUGAAGCCUUCAUCAUCCCCGGAUCUCCAGCCAUCAUUUCUAUCCGCCAUGACCCGGGCCCUGUGGACGACAAAGGUGACUUCAUUAGCUUCGGCAAGAAAGAAGACGCCAAGAAGAAGAAAAAGAAGAAGAAGGACAAGAAGGACAAAAAGGAGAAAGGAAAGGAUGAUGGGGAUGAAUAGAGAAGGGAGCGUAAGAGCAGAGCUACAAACAGACAGAAUUCAAAUUUCAGAGCCAGAAAAUGAAGCCAAACAUAUAUUGUCGAACCACAACAUAUAUAGACACUGUACAGUGGCAAAAUUGUUAUAUAGCCAGGCCUGCCUCUCACUACAAUCAAAAUACACCUUUUUAAUUAAAGCAGAAACUAAUUUAUGAGUUUAGAUUAGCCUUUCUGUAACCCCGUGUCCCUGUACAGUGACAAAAAAAGUGUCCAAACAGGUGUGCUGUUUGUCCGCUGAAGCUGCAAGUGCUGCCGUCUUUGGCAUCCUUUCUAUUACGCCAAGUUUAGCAAGUAAAACUGAAACAACAACAAAAAAAGAAAAAAAAAAGAAAACAACAACCAAACAGGUGCUUUUGACUUCAGUAUUCUGCAAGACACAUCAGCAAUGUGUUUUUUUUCUAUUAAUAAAGAAAAAAAAAUGAAUUAGUUCAACAUGCAUACCAAAUGACCAAAGCACCUUUGAACAAAAGCAGUGAAAUCUGGACCACAUUCAAAUGAACAGCUCUGGGAAGGUGUAACAUAGCACAUUGUAGAGGCAGAGGACCCACACUGCACCAGCCGUGUGCAAGGUUGUGCCCAGGUUUAUACAGUUAGACGCUUCGUGACUGCAAGAUCAUUUGUAAUUAGCAAAGAUAGAUUGUACAGCGGAUUUUAUGUAGGGGGGGUGUUAGGUGAGAUAAGUGACUAAUCAGCAAUAACAAGAUGCUGCUGAUGGGUGAGGUUGCAGGACAUUAGAGUUUCAAAGUGACUGCUCAAGCUUAAAACACUGCUGACU